AUGGCGAGAAACACAAAUACUUCGGCCCCUAGUCCCGGGCAGCUCUUAGAUGAGCAAGGGGUGCUAAGAAUCUCCCGGCUCAAGAUAGCAAAAUACAAACUAAAAAUUGGCACAUGGAACGUUAGAAGCCUGUACGCUGCUGGUAAGUUUGAUAAUCUUAUCCAGGAAGCCAGGCGGAUGGAAACAACGAUUAUGGGAAUCAGCGAAUUACGAUGGCCAGGUUCCGGAACAUGCAGACACGACGAGGGCAUUCUAUACUACUCAGGCAGCGAGGACAGUGACACACAGCACAGAAAUGGGGUUGGAAUACUCAUAAAACCAGAACUUGAAAAAUACGUAAAACAGGUUAUCCCUAUAAACAACAGGAUCAUAAUACUUCAACUAAAUGCCAGCCCAUUCAAUGUUAAUAUAAUACAAAUAUAUGCACCUACGGCGGAGAAGAAAUAUGAUCACGAAACCGAGAUUUUAUACCAACAACUAGACGAUGUACUUAAUCGCCUUAAAAAAGAUGAAAUCAAUUUUAUUAUGGGAGAUUUCAACGCUAAAAUAGGGAAAGGUCGUAGAUCUGACCUAGUAGGUGAGUACGGUCUGGGUGAGAGUAACGAGCGCGGCGACAGACUAUACGAAUUUGCCCAAGAGCAUGAUAUGGUUGUAGCGAACACAUGGUAUAGAUUACCCAAAAGAAGACUAUAUACGUGGACCGCCCCUGGCGAUAAUACUGAACACAUAAUAAGAAAUCAGGUUGAUUACAUCCUGGUAGUUAAGAGGUUUAGAAACUGCGUAACAAGGGUCACCACCUAUCUGGGCGCAGACAUAGGAUCGGACCAUAACCCACUAGUCGCAAACAUAAAAAUUAACCUUAAAAAAUUAAACAAAAACAACAAAAGUCUAAAGUUUUCCAUAGGCGAUGUGGACAUCAAUAAACUGAGAAAUGAACUCAACGACAGCCUCGACACAAUGACAGGGAUAAGUGGCAAUACGGUAAACGAAACGUGGGAGAUAUUUCGAGAACACAUCAUUAAGACAAUGGAGGAGAACAAAACAAACAACAUCAAACCAAAGAAAAAACGUUGGAUGACUGAAGAGAUACUAAAACUCAUGGAAGAAAGACGAAAAUGCAAAAACAACACGGAGGAAUAUAAGAGCAAACAAAGGGAAAUAAAGAACAAAAUCAAGAAUGCAAAGGAAGAGUGGAUGACGGAUAGAUGCGAGGAAAUGGAGGAUCUGGAGAGAAGACAUGAUACCUUUAACAUGUACAAAAAGGUCAGAGAAGUAGCAGGCCUAUUUAACAAAAAAGCCCCUAGUAUCUUAAUGGACAACGCAGGAAAAACCAUUAUAGAUGAGGGAGAAGUUCUUAAUGCAUGGAUACAAUACAUAGAUGAUCUAUUCGGGGACAAUAGACCGGCGUCGAUGACUGAUGUAGACGACAACGAGGGACCUGAAAUCUUGAAAUCCGAAGUCCUAUUUAACAUAAAAUCUGCAAAAACAAAAAAAGCAGCGGGACCUGAUGACAUCCCAGUAGAACUUCUUCAACUUAUCAACGAGAAAAACAUUGAUAUCUUGGUUAAACUCUUCAAUGAUGUAUACAACACGGGAGAAAUACCAGAAGAAUGGCUGAGAUCUGUAUUCAUAACAAUUCCCAAAAAACAACGAGCCAGAAGAUGCAACGAUCACAGACUUAUUAGUCUCUGGCUCAUCAGGCUAAUAAGCUUAAUAAGCUUAUUAGCUUAUUAG